AUGAGUACACAGUUAAGAGUCCUCUAUCUUGUUCCACUUCUUCUAGCCAGCUAUGUGCAGACAAUCACCAAGCCGGAGAAGAUGAGGAUGAAUUGCUACAAGGAUGUGAAAGGCACUAUCUAUGACUACGAGGCUUUCUCUCUUGGGAAGGAACGCAUUCAGUUCAAGCAGUAUGCAGGCAAGCAUGUCCUCUUUGUCAACGUGGCCACCUACUGUGGGCUGACAGUUCAGUAUCCUGAACUGAAUGCUCUCCAGGAGGACUUGAAGCCAUUAGGCUUUGUUGUGCUGGGCUUUCCCUGCAACCAGUUUGGAAAGCAAGAGCCAGGAGAAAAUGCAGAGAUUCUUUCUGGGCUCAAGUAUGUUCGUCCAGGAAAAGGAUUUGUACCCAAUUUCCAGCUCUUUACAAAAGGGGAUGUAAAUGGCGAAAAAGAACAGAGAAUCUUCACCUUUUUGAAGCACUCCUGUCCUCACCCCUCAGAGACCGUGGCCGUAAGCAAGCAUGUCUACUGGGAGCCAAUCAAAGUCCACGACAUCCGCUGGAACUUUGAGAAAUUCCUGGUGGGACCCAACGGAGUCCCUAUCAUGCGCUGGCACCACCAGGCUCCUGUGAGCACUGUCAAGGCGGACAUCGUGGCGUACCUGAAUCAACUCAAGAUGAUAUAG